AACACUGGACUUUCACUUUACAUAAAGCGCUUCUCACGUGUAGUGUGUGUGCAUGAAAAAUAACAAUUCAAGGAAGAAAAAGGAGCGCUACCGUAUUACUCUGAAAUGGCACGGGCAAAGAAGGGUCCUUCAGAAGCAUCUGAAUCGAAGCAGAAGUCGAGGAGGCAGAAUGGAGAAACGUCUGGAGCUGCAGGACAAACCAUCUCCAUGAAGCUUCGGCAGAAGAAGGACGGGAAGAACACAUUGAAAACAGGGUCUGUUUUCCCAACCACCAUGAUCAGAUCUUCAGUUGGGAAGAGAAGUGGACCAGGAAGCAUCCUGCACUACAUUUACCAGAGUACACUGGGGCAGAGCCUUCAUUCUCAGAUGAGACAGUGUCUCCAGGAGCCGUUUGUACGUUCCCUGUCCUCCUAUAAGCUCCACCGUACAGCCAGUCCGUUUGACCGGCGGGUCACCUGUCUGGAGUGGCACCCCUCGCACCCCACCACGCUGGCGGUCGGCUCCAAGGGAGGAGACGUGGUCCUCUGGGACUACAACGUGCUCAACAAGACCAGCUUCAUACAAGGGAAAGGAGCCGGGGAUUUUAUUGGUGGGAUGACGUUUAGCCUGACGGACCCGUCCAAGGUCUACCUGGCGUCUGGCGACGGUACGCUGACCGAGCAGAGCUUUCAGGGCGGUCCAGGAACGGUUCUGUCCAGAGUCCAGGACUGUGGACACGAUCACCACAAUGUCUGUCUGUGGUACUGCUGUGUAGAUGUGUCAUUGAGCAGACAGAUGUUGGUGACCGGAGACAACAUUGGAGGAGUCUUAUUGCUGGGCAUGGAUGGACACCAGGUCUUCAACGGGAAGCUGCACAAAGCCAAAGUGACCCAUGCUGAAUUCAACCCUCGCUGCGAUUGGUUAAUGGCGACAGCGUCCGUUGACCACACGGUGAAGCUAUGGGACCUGAGGAACAUCAAGGACAAGGACACUUACCUCCACGAGAUGGUUCAUGACAAAGCUGUUAACUCAGCCUACUUUAAUCCAGUGGACUGCUCCAAGCUCCUGACCACGGACCAGUAUGACCAGAUCAGGGUGUACUCCUCUUCUGAUUGGUCAACUCCUCAGCAGAUUAUCCAGCACCCACACAGACAGUUUCAGCACCUCACACCAAUCAAGGCCACGUGGCACCCUCUGUACGACCUGAUGGUGGUUGGACGGUACCCUGACGAGAGGGUGUGUCCAGGUGCCCUGAGGACCAUCGAUAUCUAUGAUGCCAACACAGGAGAGCUGGCAUGCCAACUACUGGACCCCAACGCCCCUGGCAUCAUAUCUGUCAACAAGUUCAAUCCAAUGGGAGAUGUUUUAGGAUCUGGGAUGGGAGUGAACAUCCUAGUGUGGAACAGAGAGGAGACAUUGGCUGGUAAGCAGCAGAGAGGAGCGCUACAACAGGAAGCAGGAGUCCAGGUUGGCAGAGGUCGAGGCCAGCGGAGGAGAAGAGGGGAGACUCGGAGGGGGGGACGGGGGGGAGAGGAUGAGGACGACAUUGGGAAGCUGAAGAAGAAGCUGUCUUCGUCCUCGGGGACCAGAACCAGAACAUCCAGGGACACAGAAGGGUCCAAAUAAAGAGAGGUUUAUUGUGUGUUUCCUUUAUUUUGGUAGUUACCUGAAUGUCAUAGACAAGUAACUACCAAAAUAAAGGAAACACCAACAUACAGUGUUUUAACAGGGACACAGAAGGGUCCAAAUAAAUAAUCAGGGAGAAAGAGAGAGGUUUAUUGUGUGUUUCCUUUAUUUUGGUAGUUACCCGACAAUGACAUAGACAAGUAACUACCAAAAUAAAGGAAACACCAACAUACAGCGUUUUAAUAGGGUGUUGGACCACCACCAACCAACCAGAACAGAUUCAAUGCUCCUUGGUGUAGAUUCUACAAGUGUCUGGAACUCUAUUGGAGGGACGCGACACCAUUCUUCCACCAGAAAUUACAUCAUUUGGUGUUUUGUUGAUGGUGGUGGGAAAUCACUGUCUCAGGCGCUGCUUCAGAAUCUCCCAAGAGUGUUCAAUUGGGUUGACUGGUACACAUCCUCUAUGUUCCUCUGAGAGCCCUCUUUCAGUCACUGAGAUCUGGUGACUGAUACAUCCUCUAUGUUCCUCUGAGAGCCCUCUUUCAGUCACUGAGAUCUGGUGACUGAGACACAUCCUCUAUGUUCCUAUGAGAGCCCUCUUUCAGUCACUGAGAUCUGGUGACUGAGAUACAUCCUCUAUGUUCCUCUGAGAGCCCUCUUUCAGUCACUGCUUCUAGCCAUAAUGGGCAACUGGGCAUAUUUUUUUUUUUACCUGACCCUAAGCAUGAUGGGAUGUUAAUUUCUUAAUUACCUCAGGAACCACACCUGUGUGGAAGCACCUACUUUGUAUCAUUUACUCAAGUGUUUAUUUUAUUUAGUCAGUUUCCUGUCUGCAUUUGUAAUCUGUUACCUUUGUCUUGUUGAAAAUGUUCCCUUUGUUAUAAACAGGGACAAUCGUGA